AUGGUUAAAAAGGCAGGAGUGUUAGGAGCAACUGGCUCAGUGGGUCAAAGAUUUAUACUAUUAUUAUCAAAACAUCCAGAUUUUAAAAUUCAUGCUUUAGGAGCUUCAUCAAGAUCAGCAGGUAAGACAUACAAGAAUGCAGUAAAUUGGAAACAAACAGAUAUUUUACCAGAAUCAGUUCAUGAUACAGAAGUUCAAGAAUGUAAACCAGAAGGCAAUUUCAAAGAUUGUGAUGUUGUAUUUUCAGGUUUAGAUUCAGAUGUUGCAGGUGAAGUUGAAAAAGCAUUUGUUGACGCUGGUUUAGCUGUUAUAUCCAAUGCUAAAAAUUAUAGAAGAGAAAAAGAUGUUCCAUUAGUUGUACCAAUUGUCAAUCCUGAACAUAUAGAUAUUGUGGAGAAUAAAGUUAAUAAAGCUAAAAAAGAAGGGAAAAAGACUGGGUACCUUAUUUGUAUAUCCAAUUGUUCAACAGCUGGUCUAGUAGCUCCAUUAAAACCUUUAGUUGAUAAAUUCGGCCCUAUUGAUGCAUUAACUGCUACUACUUUACAAGCUAUUUCUGGUGCUGGGUUUUCACCAGGUGUUUCAGGUAUGGAUAUAUUAGAUAAUAUUGUUCCAUAUAUUAGUGGAGAGGAAGAUAAAUUGGAAUGGGAAACUAAAAAAAUUUUGGGUUUAUUAAAUAAAGAAGGUACUGAAGUUGUAAAUAUACCAGAAGAUGACAUGAAAGUAAGUGCUCAAUGUAAUAGAGUACCUGUUAUUGAUGGACAUACUGAAUGUAUAUCAUUAAGAUUUAAAAAUAGACCAGCACCAUCAGUUGAUGAAGUUAAAAAAGUUUUGUCUGAUUAUGUUUGUGAAGCUUCAAAAUUAGGUUGUCAUUCGGCUCCAAAACAAACUAUACAUGUUUUAGAACAACAAGAUAGACCACAACCAAGAUUAGAUAGAGAAAGAGACAAUGGUUAUGGAGUAUCAGUUGGUAGAAUUAGAGAAGAUUCUCUAUUAGAUUUCAAAAUGGUUGUUUUAUCUCAUAACACAAUUAUCGGUGCUGCUGGUUCAGGAAUAUUAAUUGCGGAAAUCUUAAACGCAAAAGGUUUAAUUUAA